AUGGGGCAAAGGAUCAAGCGCUUUGACUUUGUCUCCCGGGAUUCACCACAGGUUGGGUUUGAGAGCCGUGUGAUGGGUGACUAUCCAGCACGGUUCGGAGAGCACUUUUUGUCAGCGUUGGUGAAUGGAAGCCCCUCUAUCAAGAAAGAAGCGGUUAUUCCCACGGCGGAGUCACCAUUGACUCUAUUUAUUAUUAUGGUAAAUUAG